AUGUUCCUCGAGAGUCCACCGAACAUGUUUCUUUUUCUGAACCAAAUCGACUGCACUGCCAGCGUUACCAUUCUUCUUAUUUUUUCCCUCAUACAUUCUUCUUCAAAAUUUACUUACCCGCCGCUUCUACUCCUAAAUCUAGCCAACACUCUUCUUGUUCCACCUUGUGUUUCUGAAACAUUCUCUGAUGCCAUCUCCGUAAAUGCUCCGAUUCUCACACAGUUAUCACGUUAUAAAGAGUUUGGAGUCGGUGAUUCUGCCCCUCAAUGUGGGAUAUGGUUGUCUUGUCAAGAUGUUAUGUUGCAGCACCAUAGUUCACUUUUUCAUAAUGCUCCGUGUAGAGAUGAAUUGGCAUAUAAGAAGAUAGUCCGCGCUAAGCUUGCAAAAGAUUUUCAGUUUGUGUUGAAAGAAUUUCAGAAGGAACAGUUUAUUGCAGCUGAGAGGGAAACAACUUAG